CUGUCCCGUGGCCUCGGCACCUGGCGGUCACUGCGGCUGUCCCGUGGCCUCGGCACCUGGCGGUCACUGCGGCUGUCCCGUGGCCUCGGCACCUGGCGGUCACUGCGGCUGUCCCGUGGCCUCGGCACCUGGCGGUCACUGCGGCUGUCCCGUGGCCUCGGCACCUGGCGGUCACUGCGGCUGUCCCGUGGCCUCGGCACCUGGCGGUCACUGCGGCUGUCCCGUGGCCUCGGCACCUGGCGGUCACUGCGGCUGUCCCGUGGCCUCGGCACCUGGCGGUCACUGCGGCUGUCCCGUGGCCUCGGCACCUGGCGGUCACUGCGGCUGUCCCGUGGCCUCGGCACCUGGCAGUCACUGCGUCCCAGAGCCAGCGCCCCUGACCAUCGGGGCCAGGGAAGGCCAUGGUGUUCCUGCUGCAGGUUUUGUUCCUGGGGCUGAGUACCUUCGCACCCGCCUCCUGCGCCCAGUUCCAGCUGCACGUGCCCUCGGGCCGCGACAGGGUCCUCGCGGUGGAGGGAGACGAGGUGGUGCUGCCGGCCUGGUACACCUUCCAGGGGGAGGCGGCCUCGGCCCAGCCCUGGGAGACGCUCACCCUGAUGUGGUUCCUGGAGCAGGAAGGGCAGGAUCUGAAGCAGGUGUUGGCGCACAUCAAUAAGGUCACAACAAGCCAAGAUGGAGUAUCCCUGGUCUACCCCAUGCCCUCCCGGAAUGUGUCCCUGCGGCUGCGGGGCCUCCGGGAGAAAGACUCCGGGUCCUACCGCUGCUCUGUGAACGUGCAAGACAAGCAAGGCACAAGCAGGGGCCACGACAGCAAAACUUUAAAACUUGACGUGUGGGAUGCCAUAUCUGGCCUUUUAAGCCUCCGAAACCUUUCCAGUUCUAUGUCUGGAGUCUAUAUCUGCAAGGCCUCCAACAGGGUGGGCAGCGCCAGCUGCAACGUGACCCUGGAAGUGAGCACAGGGCCUGGGGCUGCAGUGGUUGCUGGAGCUGUAGUGGGCACCCUGGUUGGAUUGGGGCUGCUAGCUGGACUGGUCCUCUUGUACCAACGCCAGGGCAAAGUCCCAGAGGAGGUGGCCAAUGAUAUCAAGGAAGAUGCCACGGCUCCUCGGACCCUGCCCUGGCCGAAGGGCUCAGACACCAUCUCCAAGAAUGGGACCCUUUCCUCUGUCACCUCGUCACCGGCCCUCAGACCGCCCCACGGCUCUUCCAGGCUGGGUGCAUCGACCCCCACACGCAGUCAUGGUUGGGUCUCACCCUCUGCCCUGAGUCGCAAGGGUGCUGUCCCCGUGAUGGUGCCCGCCCAGAAUCAGGCUGGGUCUCUGGUGUGAGGGCCCAGCAACUUGUGGGCAGAGCCAUCUGGUGUCUCUCCUUCCUACAGUAAUUACUAUGGGGGUUACCCCAGCAUAAAGGCCUGAGUCUGGGGGGGUUGGCCCCCUCUAGAUCUCCAGUCCUUUGCACCCAUCCUUCUUUACUAUGGGAAAACUGGGUCUUAGUUAAGACUCAAACUUCCAGGAGGUAGAAGAAGAAGAGGAAAUGGACCUGGGGUUGGGAAGAGCCUGAACGCCCUCCUGGGGCCACCCUAAUACAGCAGAGGAAUGCUGCUGAGAUUGGCUACCUCCGACCCCCGAGCCCUGGUGGAGACUGCCAGUCAAUACGUCCUUCCGGCCCCCUUGACCUCUAUCCCACCCCCAUCUAACACCACCCUUCACUCCCACUCCAGCUCCCUGCAUGAAUAUACCCUGUCCUGCUGGCUUGGUUGGGUUUUGUUGGGGCAGGGGACAGGGAAGAUAUUUGUUAAACUAACUUGAAAUGCGUGUUUUCAGAUGCGUGUUUUUAUUUUUAUUUUACAAACUUCAAUAAAGAUAUAUUGUGUUUGUAUGGAAA